GACGUCCCGGGGGCCUCCGGGGGCCUCGGAGCAAGAUGGCGGCGGCGGGGUCCGUGAGGCGCGGGCGGCGGCGACCGCGGCGCCAGUGAGGGCCCGGGGGCCCGGGCGGCUCCGGGCCGGGGCCCCGCCGCGGGACGGACCAUGCUACGCUCCACCGGCUUCUUCCGGGCCAUCGACUGCCCUUAUUGGGCCGGGGCGCCCGGGGGACCCUGCCGGCGGCCUUACUGUCACUUCCGGCACCGAGGGGCCCGGGGCCCGGGCGCGCCCGGUGGCGGCGGCGGAGCGGCGCCCCCCGCAGCAGGACUUGGCUAUGACCCGUACAACCCCGAGCUGCCCAAGCCCCCAGUGCAGAGGGAGAAUGGUGCCCUGGGCAGAGAGGACACGCCCCGCUCGGACAUCCUGGAGCUGGAGCUGGUCAACCAAGCCAUCGAGGCCGUGCGCUCCGAGGUGGAGCUGGAGCAGCGGCGGUACCAGGAGCUCCUGGAGACGGCCCGCGAGCACGGCUCUGCUGAGGCCCCUGCCCUGGCGCCCCGCGGCCCCGCUGCCUGCACCGCCGCCAGCCUGGACGAGGACGCCUUCUCGCUGUCCUUUGACUACAACCCCAGCGGCCGCAGCCUGCUAAGCCCCGAUGCCACCUACCAGCCCACCCCUCUGGCUGCACCUGCCGAGCCGGGCAGCAAGUACUCGCUGGCUUCUCUGGACCGGGCUCAGGGCCACAGUGGAGGGGGCAGUGGCGCCUUGGAGUACGUCCCCAAGGCUGUGAGCCAGCCUCGGCGGUACAGCCGCCCCGUCCCCAGUGGCAAGUACGUGGUGGAUGACUCCAAGCCGUCCACAGACCUGGAGUACGACCCGCUGUCCAACUUCUCCGCCCGCCUGCUCGGCAGGGCCGGCUCCAAGGACGACAGGGCCCCCAAGCGGCCCAGGGGUGCCCGCGCCCGCGAGCCCUACACGCCCGCACCCAAGAAGCCCUGUGACCCCUUUGGCGGCUGUGACGCCAGGUUCUCGGACUCCGACGAUGACGCCGCCGUUGUUCCGAGUGACAGGCCCGCCACCUGCAGCCCCCCAAGAGCCCGAGUGGGCACCGAGAGCAAGGUCCCCGGGAAGCCGGGCUCCAGGGACGGCCAGGAGCCUGAGGAGGGUGGCCCACGGGAGACCAAGGAGAUGGCCGUGCAGUAUGAUGUGGGGGACCUCGGGCAGCCCCCCAAGGGCCCAGGCGAGCCGCCCCCAGCCAAGCCGCCCCUGGCCAAGCCCAGCUCCCCGGCCCAGGCCUCCCAGGACCACAGUAGCCCCAAGGAGGAAAAACCCAAGAAGAAGAAGCGGGGGGCGCCGCCGGCCCCCAGCCACAGGGACGGCGUGCAGAAGACAGACCGUGGGAAGGAGGGAGAGCGCGCAAAGCCGUCAGAGAAGCCCUGUGCGGACAGGAGGGGCCCGCAGGCCGGCAGCCCCCGGCACAGGGCGCAGCGGCCCCAGGGGACCAAGAAGAAGCCAUCUCCGGCCACCCCAGUGGCCAACUCAGGGAAAGACCGGCCACGGCCCAGCCCCACCGGAGGGGGCGCCCCCCUGCCGCCCGACAGGACGGGCCGGCUGAGCCCAGCGGGGAAGCUGGUGGAGCGGAAGGCCCGCUCGCUGGACGAGGGCACCUCCCGGGACGCCCCCAAGCUGCCGAGGCGGGCCCUGAGCCAUGCUGACCUCUUCGGGGACGAGAGCGAGGACGAGGACCCGGGACCCGCGGGGCCUGGACUCCGGCCCCCCGCCCUCCCCAGCCUCAGCUCCACCUCGGACUCGGACUCGGACUCCAGCCUGGGCCUCUUGGCUGCUGGGGGGCCGCCCAAGCGCCUCAAGGCCUCCCCGCCCGCCUCGCCGGGCCCGUCCUCCUCGUCCUCCUCCUCCUCAGGGGCGGGCUCAGACGUGGACUACGCAGCCCUGGAGAAGGAGGUCGACUUCGACUGUGACCCCAUGGAGGAGUGCCUGCGCAUCUUCCACGAGUCCACCAGCGUCAAGACAGAGGACAAGGGCCGGCUGGCCCGGCAGCCCCCCAAAGAAGAGAAGAUUGAGGACAAGGGCCAUUCGGGUCUGACCACUCUGUUCCCUGGGCAGAAGCGGAGAAUUUCUCAUCUUUCCAAGCAAGGCAAGGAGGCAGAGCCUGUGAGGAGAGGCCCGGCGCCGCCCGCCCGGCCCCUGACCGCCCAGGAGGUGUGUUACCGGCGGGCCCAGCAGGCGCUGAGGGCAUCAGCCAGCUGGCUCCAGGCUGCCCAGCGGCCAGCCGAGAAGCUGUCCUCCGCCCACAUCUCGGCCCCAGGGGAGAGGAAGAGGAUCGCCCACAUCCCCAACCCCCGCCUGGCUGCAGGGCCAGGCCCAGGGUCAGAGCUGGACAGAAGACCCCCUGCCCACACACAUGGGUCACCUUCUCUGGCCUGCUGCCCCGCCUGGAGCCCUGGGAGGCAGCUGGCAGCCCCCACAGGUGCCAAGAGGACCCUCGAGGCCAGCAGCAGCCAGCCCCCCAAUGGCCCCGAGCCGGGCAGCCAGCCCCUGAAGACGCGCACGUUGUCGGGCAUGGCGUCCAAGACCACCACCACCGUCACCCCCAAGCGCGUGGCGCACAGCCCCUCCUUACAGAGCUUAAAGAAGCCCAUUAUCCCCAAAGAGUUCGGGGGCAAAGUCCCCACCGUCAUCCGCCAGCGGUACCUCAACCUGUUCAUUGAGGAGUGUCUCAAGUUCUGCUCUUCAAACCAGGAAGCCAUAGAGAAGGCGCUGAACGAGGAGAAGGCGGCCUAUGACCGUAGCCCCAGCAAGAACAUCUACCUGAGUGUGGCCGUGAACACCCUCAAGAAGCUGCGGGGCCUGGUUCCCAGCGCCGUGCCUGGGCUCAACAAAACCAGCAGCCGGAGGGUUGUGUCUCACGAGGUGGUGCUGGGGGGCAAGUUGGCUGCCAAGACCAGCUUCUCGCUUAGCCGCCUGAGCAGCCCCCGGGUGGAGGAUCUGAAAGGGGCCACCCUGUAUGGCCGCCUCAAGGAGUACCUGCUCACCGAAGACCAGCUCAAGGAGAACGGCUUCCCCUUCCCGCACCCCGAGCGCCCAGGGGGCGCCGUCAUCUUCACGGCCGAGGAGAAGAAGCCCAAGGACUCCUCCUGUAGAAUCUGCUGCCGCUGUGGCGCCGAGUACCUCGUGGCUGCCUCGGGCCGCUGCGUGCGCGACGAGGAGUGCUACUACCACUGGGGGCGGCUCCGCCGGAACCGAGUGGCGGGCGGCUGGGAGACUCAGUACGCGUGCUGUUCAGCUGCUGUUGGCGCCACCGGCUGCCAGGUCGCCAAGCAACACGUGCAGGACGGCCGGAAGGAAAACCUCGAAGGCUUUGUGAAGACUUUCGACAAAGAGCUUCCAGAAGAUGCGCACCCGGGAAUCUACGCCCUUGACUGUGAGAUGUCCUACACCACGUACGGUCUGGAGCUGACACGCGUCACCGUGGUGGACACGGACAUGCAGGUCGUCUACGACACGUUUGUCAAGCCAGACAACGAGAUCGUCGACUACAACACCAGGUUUUCGGGCGUGACUGAGGCCGACCUCACCGACACGAGCAUCUCACUACGGGACGUCCAGGCCGUCCUGCUGAGCAUGUUCAGCGCCGACACCAUCCUCAUUGGACACAGCCUGGAGAGCGACCUGCUGGCCCUGAAGGUCAUCCACAGCACCGUGGUGGACACGUCCGUGCUCUUCCCGCACCGCCUGGGCCUCCCCUACAAGCGCUCCCUGCGGAACCUCAUGGCCGACUACCUCAGACAGAUCAUCCAGGACAACGUGGACGGGCACAGCUCCAGCGAGGACGCCAGCGCCUGCAUGCACCUGGUGAUCUGGAAGAUCCGAGAAGACGCCAAGACCAAGCGGUGACCGCCGCCCCGCCCGCCCGCGCCUCUCCCACAGCCCCGCCAGUCCUUAGCCCCAGGCCUCUUCCAGAACAGUGCAAUAAAUCUCGAGAGCUAACCCUGUCCCGGCGCCCGGCCGGAACACCCACCAAGAGGACCCCCGCGCCCCACCCCACACCCAAACUGUCCCCCGACCGCUGCCGACUCACGGGCUGAGGCGGCCGCUCGUGUCCCCGUGGGCCACGAGCCACCUGCUCCUGCCCCCUCUCACCAGUGGGAGCAGGCAGGUGGGUGGGCUUGUGGCCAUUUGUUUGAGACAGGGGUAUCUUUUGUUAUUUUGUAUUAUUAUUUUUAUUAUGUUUAAUUUAAACCUGACCACUCGCACAGUUGUCUUCCCGACCCAGAGGAGCAGGACCCUGGUGCUGCCUGCCCUCCUGGGGUCUGGGAGCCGUCAGCCGGCGCCUCGGCAGCCACCGGGACCCAGGAGUCCAGCCGGCCUAGGCCUGGACGGGCGGGAGGGCUGCCCCCAGCCCGCCUGGGCUCCGUGACCUCCGAACCGAGCCAGCCCCCCUGCCAGCCCCCAGGCCUGCAGGUCUUCCCACCAUGGGGGCUGUCUCUGAGGGCCGCAGCCCUGAGCGCCUGAGCCUCCCCAGCCCCGGGCAGGGAUGGAAUAAACGUUUGUAUGGAUUUUA